AUGAACCAUCGAUUCCGUAUACAUAUUUCCAAACCCUCAAACUCUGGCUCCAUUCGAACACUACCAAUUUUUUGUACGAGAAAAAGUAAAUAACUGUUCUUGCGUAUUUCCGAAACCCUAGAUCCCCCUCCUAGUCAAUUCACGAUGGUGUCGGACGCGAGCAAGAAGAAGGCUGCGCAGAAGAAGGCGGCGGCGGCGGCCAAGAGAGGUGGCAAGGCAGCGGUGGCGUCCUCAUCCUCGUCAAAGACGGCUGAGAAUGGAAGUAAAGUUGAUAGUUUGGCGAACGAGGUCGAAGCGCUUCUGAUAUCCGAUCGGACAUGUACCGGAGUCUUAUGCUCGCAUCCUCUUUCCAGAGAUAUUCGGAUUGAAUCUCUGUCGCUCACUUUCCAUGGCCAUGAUCUUAUUGUUGAUUCUGAACUAGAACUCAAUUAA